GUAGAAUUGCAAACAAAAGUGCGUCAUUACAGCAGUGCGGGACUGUCGGAACGCGCUUGUGUUUUGGUGAAACCAGAUCAUACCUAGAAUUUCCAUUGGCUUUGUUUUUUUGCAUUAGUUUAGGAAUAUGGUGAAGAUAGCGUUUAAUUCCGCUCUGGCGCAGAAAGGGUUUGUAAAAGAAGUGCCGGUCUCAGAAAAGGAUCCAGAGACAGGCUCUGUGUACAGCGAGAGUUCCACUGGCCGCUGUCUGCUCACGCUGCUCGGCCUGGCCUUCAUCAUUUCAGGCCUCAUUGUUGGUGGAGCCUGUGUGUACAGGUAUUUGGCACCCAAGAAGCUCUAUCGUGGAUCCAUGCAGUUCACAGAUAUGGACAGUGCUGAUAUGCCCAUAGACAUGGAGACCCAUGCCCCUUAUUACCUACCCCGUGUUGAUGAGGACGUGGAGAUCCGUGACAAUGUGGCCAUAAUUAAUGUCCCUGCUCCUCGCUUUGGGGCAGGAGACCCAGCUUACAUCCUGCAUGAUUUUAAGAGGAAGCUGACUGCGUAUUUGGACCUAACGCUGAGAACAUGCUUUGUCAUCCCUCUCAACACAUCUGCAGUGAUGCUGCCCCAGGACCUCUUGGAUUUGUUCUUGCAGCUCAUGUCUGGCUCAUACAAGACUUACUUGGUGCAUGAGGAUCUGGUGGUGACCGAGCGUAUUGAUGACCUCGCCCCCUUGGGUUAUUACAUUUACAGCCUGUGUGAGGACAGACCAACAUACAGGAUGCAGCGUCGCAGUGAUAUAAUGGGCCUGCAGAAACGCUCAGUGGAGGAUUGCCGCAUAAUCCGCCACUUCGAGAAUAAGUUUGUUACCGAAACAAAGAUCUGCCAGGCCUGAGCAAGCAGGAAGUCAGGAGUGGACAGACAUCCACCUUUUGUUGCAGGGUAGAGAGAGGUGAAGUGAGCUAAAAGAGGGAGCAAAGGAGGGCUGAGAGGAAAGGGUCUGUCUUCCAACUCCUGCUGUAGUAUUGAGCAUAGGGUAUUUUGUAUCAUUAUAGAGACAGCAGACUUCUCUUCUCCCACUUAAGGUGUAGUGAUAUAGCUCUCGUAAAGCAGUUUGUGAUUUCUUACACCUUUGUCACUGUACACUGCGUGAUUCCCUCUACAGCCUGACUGCAGCUCAGACCUUGUUUUUAGUGCCUGCCUUUUCUCCGUCACCAUUUCUGUGGAUAACUUGUGAACUGUGCAAUAUGUUAACCUUGGUGAACCUAAGUUCAUGUUUUUUGUUCGUUUUGUGUGGGUUUUUUUGGGCAGAAGCAUUACUAGGUAAGCACAUGUUGAUACACCUCUAGUCUAGUCUUUAUGAUAUUUAUCAACAUUUUUUUUUCCUCUGGCCUAAUCCAUAUUAGUAUAUAAAGACUCUCUCUAGAGGACUGUUCAGCAAAACUCUUAAAAUUCAAACUUUUGUGUUCAUGUAUUUGAGGAACUAACCAUAUACGCAUGUCUGCUGAUUUAGCUGACUCUGUGUAGCAUUGCUUCUGCCAGUGUUCCUGCUGAUGUAUAUCUAUACAAUUAGAUAUUGCCCGAUUGUAACAUGGUAAAUUAUGUAUCUCAAUCCAAAUUACAAAUGCCUCAUAAUGAAGGAACAUCAGUAGAAAUGUACUAUGAUGCUAAGAUUUUAGAAUAUUUACAGAUUAGGACUGUAAGGUGCUUUGUGUGCAAGAUUUCAUGCUCUGAGUGGCCUAGCCUGGCCAUCUCUCUUCUCUCACCUUGUCCCAUGAUCUCGGGCCUAAAUUUCUGCUGGGGAGCCACAUUGCAGUGUUCACUGCUGAGACACAGUGGUGUGUUAACAAUCACUCGACUGAUCAGCUGCUUGAACCCUCUGCUUAGGCCUUAUAAUUUUUUUUUUUUUUUUGGAAGAGGAGGAGUUGAUGUUCAUCCUUCAGCAAAAGGAUGUAGCAUUGAGAUGGUGUUGAACAUAGUCACCAGCAGGGCUUUUUUUUUUUUCCCCCUCUUCAUUCCAAAAUCGUGAGGUCUUUUUAAUUAUUAUGAAGAAAGUGUCUGUCUGAGACCAGUCAAAACCAGUCUUGCAUGCUGGGACAUCUUGCAUGCUGAAUGUUUGCUGCAGGUCACUAUAAACAUGUCCAUUCAGUAUUGGUGUAAAUAUACUCGAAGUCACUGCACCGGUCACAACAGCUACUCAUCACAACAUCCUGCCAUCUCUGGCUUAACCCUGCACGGCAUUGUGGUAGUUCAGUUGUUUUGAAAUUCCCAGCAUUCUGUUAACAUGUAUAUUUUGGAAGGUUCAGUAGUUUAACUGCUGCUUAGAAAAUGACAAUCAAGACUGGAGUCUCUGUUGCUGUCUUUCUGUAUGUACUGAUUCAGAAAAACAGACCUGAAAGAUGCUGGACUGAAUCAAAGAAAUGUACUACUGAAAUGUUAAACUGCUGACGGAAGUCUGUUUGAAAAUAAAACUGCAUUUGUUUACUUAGAAAAAGAAAAAAAAAAUGUGUUCAUUGGCUAGUGUCUGGGCUUUCAUCUGAAUAUGAACCCAUUUCAUCAGCAAAUUAUUUCAGGCUUUAUGAUACAAUGCUAUGUAAUUUCUCUUGGCUUUUUGUAAACAGGCCUGAAAUCUAACAGAAGUUGGAGCUGUCAUUUUAGCUGUAUGUAAUUGGCAACUGCAUAGGGGAACUGCGUUUUUCAAAAUACCCUGAUGUUUUUUGACGGAUCAUGAAAGUAUAGUCAGCUUCUAACUGUUCUUGACAAAAGCGGUUGUGUGAAGGCUAGCCAGCUCUUUGUGGUCAACAGGCUUAUUAUUGCAAAAGCUCUUGUUGCUCUCUGGUCUUGCAUUAACCUUGUUGAGCUGUUAAAAUGAGCACAGAACUGCUUCACUGAGCUGCAUAAAUGAGCCCUGACAAUUGAAGUUAGAAGAAACUCCAAUAUGUGUCUCUAAUGGCGAAAUGUACUUUAUUAUUUUAUCUGACCCACAUGCUGGACUGAGAAAAUUCACAACAAUGCACCAUGGGAUUCAUUUCUGGUUUUUAAAGCAUAAAUCAGUUUUCAAUAUGGGGUCUGUGAAGCAAAGAAAAAGAUGUUCAUGUUCAAAAAAUCUUGGAAAUCACAAACGACCAUUAUUCUGUAUAAUUUGAUGCAUCUGAUCAUCACUGGCCUGUUUGAUGGGUCACUUGAGUAUAAUCCAAACUUUAGUAACUUAGUAGAAAAACAAUUAGUCUCAUAAAACUGUUAAUUAAUAAUGACAAUUGUGUAAAAAUAGGUUUUGGUGGGUUCAUAGGCUCACAGUUACAAGCCCUAUGGCUCCAAUAAAUAGGACUAUUUUGUAAAUGAAUUUAAAUAACCUGUG